CAAAAAGGAGACCGGAGACUGACUUGUGUAAUAUUCAAACAAAAAAUAAUAAUAUUAUUCAAUUAAAAAUUAGGCUGAUAUUACUUUAUAUUAUAAAGCAAUGUGGUUAUGAUGUGACUGGUGCUUUGUGCUAUUUCGCGAUAUACUAUUCAACAAAAUCUUUCAGUGAAACGUGACUAACCUAAACCAAGGCCUUUAGAUGUCUACUUUGAACGAAGACAUUGUUCGCAACAUAGUUGUAACAGCCAACAAACCAAUAGUAUUUAGAAGAUUUGUCAAUACUUGGCCACUAAGCAGUUGGAGUGUUGAGAAAUGGACCACAAUAUUCGGUAAUAAGGAAAUACCGUUUCGCUGUAUGAAAAAAGACUUCAGAUCGGACGAACCUUGUUGGGAGCGUAGAUGUGAGGCCAAAAGUAUGACUUUCAAGCAGUUUAUAGAUAAUUUGGACACCAGCGAAGAGUGGAUGUACUUCGACUACAAAUACGUCCAUAAAUGGUUUGUAAGCGAGGAUGAACUUUAUAAGGACAUAUCAUGGAAGGAUUUUGGUUUUCCAAAUAAAGGAGCGUCAGAUACUACUUUGUGGAUUGGCAGCAAGGGCUCUCACACACCAGCACACCAAGACACAUAUGGAGUUAAUAUUGUGGCACAAUUAUAUGGAAAGAAGCGUUGGAUACUGUUCCCCCCAGAAACCGGUGGAUUAAAACCGACUAGGGUGCCUUAUGAAGAGUCAAGUAUUUACAGUGAAUUAAAUUUCCAUUGUCCAAGCGAUUUGGAGCAAUUUACGCACUUGACUGGAGCUAGAGUAGUGGAUCUGACUGCAGGUGAUGCGCUUGUGGUACCCAGGGCAUGGUGGCAUUACGUUCAAAAUAUGGAUCCUCUCAACAUAUCUCUGAAUACCUGGCUACCUCAUGAAAAAGAUACAUCAACUCAGGUGUCGGAAGCUCUCAUCAAAAUAUUUGUAGCACAGAUAUGUAAGGAUCUUCCUGAAGAUACAGCAAAAUUGUUGAUAAAUCCGAACGAGGAUGAUAUAUCGGUGACGCCUUUGGUCGUGCUGUUCCUGCAGCUAGAGAUGGUCGCCAAAAGUUAUUUGGAUAACCGACGUAAAACGCGACGCGCCAAGCGACAAAAGACCUGCGAAGAGAAUCAAUCGACAACCGAAAGCGGAGAACUCAAUAUUGAGGCUCUCAUACAAAACGAGUGUAAUAAGCUGGAGGUACCGCCGCCGAUAACUGGCGAACAACUUGUGGACAUGAUCAGACAAAAUCUGCGCGAAUAUGUUAAUUUCGAACGGCCUUUACACGACGACGAGAUUGAUGGAUCGACUUCAAGCCUUUGCUUAACUAAAGCCCUUAUAGACGCGUUCACGCAGAGCAAUGUCAUAGAUAUUGUAAAGGAGAAUCUAUUUGCCAGACUAAGCUAAGCUCGGUUCGGUUAGGAAAUAUCAGGGUCUGGAAGACUGGUUGUGCUAGAAGCACGGAUCUCAAAUGAGUAAAAUUACUCGAUUCGUUUUGAUUCUUUAAACUCUGCAAAUCAUGUUGAUUCUAAAUUUGCUUAAAACAGAUCUUUAUUCGUAUAAAUUAUUAAUUAUAUUAAUAUCUAAGAAAUAACUUAAUAUUAGUAGGUAUAAAUAAGUUUUUAAAUUUCUGCAAUAAAAAUGACAAUUCUGAUUAAAUAAAUAGCAUAGGUAUCAGUUUUUGACGUAGUGAAUGUUACUAGUAAUAAUAUGCCUUAUUGGAAUAUUCUAAAUGUUAAUUUUCAUUUGCAGUCAUUACAAUUAU